GGUUCUGUGAAAUGCCCAUGAACAGCCAGGAAAAUGGCGAAAGAUUACUAUUUGACGCAGAUUUACAUGCCCUUCUACGCAGCAUGUGUGGCAACGGCGAUCGGAUUUCUGUUCUUCUUUAUGUCAUUCUCUAGCCCUUAUUGGCUGCAGUCAUACGAUCGAGUGCAUAGUAACUUCCUACAUAUGGGAAUUUGGUCUGUAUGUUUUGAUAGAUUUGUACAUCCUAAGGUUUGUCACCUCAUUGCGAUUCAACGUUCCAGGACUAUCAUGCUAAUGUACUUACUGGGUGCUACUGGCUAUUCGAUCCGUUUUUCUUCAAAAUUGGAAUUUGGCAGUGGUUGGAUCCAGGGUGGUUGAUUGCUGUUCAGGUCUUGAUCACGGUCGCAUUCAUCACACAGUGUUGCGUACUACUAAUACUCAUCCUAUACUACUUAUUUUUCGGGAACCGGGCAGCAGAAUCGACAAUGGCCAUGUCCGGACAGCUGUUCAUCGCAGUUUUGUUGACACUGGCUGUGAUCACAUUCGCCAUCGAAUCGCAAGAUAGGUCAUGGAUGCCAAGACCGGAUCAAUAUUUUCUUUCGUGGUCGUUUGGAUUCGCCAUACUCGCAGCUCUGUCAUCUUACAUUGCUGCCGGGUUCCUCUACUGCUUGAGCUACACGGACAGAGCUUCUGAAGAGGAGGUGGAGCGUUUCGAGGCCAUAAUGCACCAGUACGGACAACCAAGUGUAUUAUCUGGACGUGGGGGUGCGAGCGCUUAUGGCUGGAGCCUGUACGGAGGAACGCAGAGCGUUGGAGGGGUCGUUGUCAAGGUUCCGUCGACAGGAACUAAACCGGAACAAGUUAUCACACUGGAUUCAGAUCUCCGACGCAUGGAUGGUGAAGGUAGCGCUAGUUUGUUCACACCAAGUUUGUUGCACCCACGGUCUGGGUUUGGUGCGCCCUUACCCACAGUUGAUGAGCAGGCAGAUGAUGCUAGGCAUCCCCUAGUUGCCUCGCCGCCUGAAUCCCAAAUUCCAUCGACAUACGGCAGUGACAACAGUCAACAGCCGCUAUAUACCAAUCAGCGAUACCCCAGGGCUCGUGAACCAUCGAACGGCCAAAGGUCUGAUGAACACCAUUCAUAUUCACCCUUGGAGGAAGAUGAGAUGAGCCAAAGCAAUAGGGGGUCGGAUCUGAACUAUGCUCGAGGUAGUCGCGCGCUACAAUCCAUGAAUGAUCGCCGGACAUAUGGAACCGAUGCCAGAAAUCAAUUAUACUAAACUUUCCUAAUGUUUUACCGCUGUAUCUUGAAGCUAAUUGCCGAAUUAUAUUUUGCACAACCGCAGUCAUUGUAUGAAAAGCCAUAAA